AUGUCCGAGAAUUGCCCUUCCUCGGUCCAGCCGAUGAGUGCUCUGUACUGUUCCUCUAACCGCCGUGUCCAGAAGGACGGCACCCUUACCCAGCCUGGUCCUGGCUCUCCCUGUUUGGUCAGCAGCUCCGUGGGGUCAUCUUUCGCUUGGCCGUCCUCCCCCAAGAGAAUGUGCGGCAUGGCCAUGGGUAUCUGCCGAACACCCCGAUUGCCUGUUGCAGUAGGUGCCCAGAUCAGGACAGCACACCUGCAUUGGCUGCCUGCACCCGGAGUCGUCACACGCAGCAUCUGGCGCAGGAAGAUGGGCUGGACUCUCGCAGUGCAGAAAUCCUCAUGCCGCACUUGUUUCGUGCCCAACAUCGGAAACUCCCUGCCAGCCAUGGUUCGCAUGCUGGCCAUCUGCUUCGUCGCCGCCUUUUCCAGGGUGGUGUUCGAAAACCCUCUCGGCCUCAUGUACACUCUGAAUUUCAGCCAGCCAUUCCAGUCGUCCGACAACUUCACGGCACUCUUCGGCACGAUCUCCAAAGCCCGUGGCGGCGUAGGAAACACCAACAACGACGCACCGAAUUACUAUGACGGGGCCAUGCUCGUCAACAGUGCCCAGCUGUCGCUGUAUGGAGGCUUGGUCAAGAAAACGGAUGCUUAUCAGCCCCCGCGUGCAGACGAUGCACUGACCUACCAGGCCUAUCAAUACGGCCCGGUAAGGAAUCAGUUCGAGGCAGGGUUCGUCUCGAAUACGCUUCCGAGUGGUAUGACACGAUACGUCGCCUACGGUGGAGCGGUCAGCGCGCCGUCUGAGAAUAUGGCAUGGUACUUCGGCGGGCUUCGAGCACCAGACUGGGGCCCAGUCUUCCAACGAAACACAAACGUCUCACAAAAUGCCCUCAACACCUCGAACACUCUUCUCACUCUCGACAUGGCAACGCAGACAACUCUUGAAUGGACCAAUAAUACCUUGCCGGAUGGAAUUCGAAGCCGGGCGAACCCUGAAGUGGUUUGGGUUCCGGUGGGGGAACAAGGCAUCCUGGUGGUUGUUGGAGGCGUCACCUACCCUGACUGGUUGACAAGCGCCCGCAAGUCAGAAAAUCCCACACAAAGUAAGGCAGAGAGCGACGAGUUCAUGAGUACGGUCGACAUCUAUGAUAUCGCCAACAACACCUGGUACAGACAGGCUACUUCAGACGGUCCGACGGCGCGCGCGAGAGCAUGUGCUGUGGUGGCUCCCGCCCAAGACCAGUCCAGCUUCAACAUAUAUAUUUACGGAGGCUAUCCCGGCGUGGACCCCAAAGUGGAGAUGAACGAUGAGAUCUGGGUCCUGUCCCUUCCCUCCUUCACCUGGACCAGGCUCAGCGACGGUAGGCCAGGUCGUGGCCGGAACGGGCACAAAUGCUUUAUGCCUUAUCCCGACCAGAUGAUGGUCAUUGGCGGAAUGACCUCGGAGGCUGGCGAUCAUCUCACAUGCCUUCCUGAUCUCAUUCAGGUCUACAACUUGACAAGUGGCCAUUGGAUGGAAAGCUACGACCCAGAGAGACACGCUGACUAUGGCGUUCCCGCGGCCGUAAGGGAAGUCAUUGGCGGCGGUGCUGCAGGAGGAGCCAUCUUGACGGCUCCCAGCCCUUUGGGGUGGUCUGAUGAUGGACUAGCCAAUGUCUUUGCCGUAUCAUACCCGACGUCGAAGAUCCAAACUUGGUAUCCCUACUCAAGAGCCACCGAGGCCGACCGACCGCGCUUUACGCCAGGCAGUGAUGGAAGAGACAGCACGGACGAUUCCGGCGGCGGCGGCGGCAUGCCAAGAUGGAUUGGCCCUACCCUGGGAGUCACACUGGGACUGGUCUGCGUUACUGCGUUUCUCGGAAGCGUCUGCCUUUGGCGUAGGCGCAAGAUUCGCCGUCGGGGCACUCACACCGAGUAUAAUGGCAACCGUAUUCUGUCCUGGAUCAGAGGCCAGCCAACCGAAGAAAAGACUCGCACAGUCACGACGGAGGUUGACACGCCCUCCAACCCCGACGUACCAGUGGCGCAAGAACCGACUUCAUCUCCAAUCCCAACUCCACUUGCCAUGCCACAUUCCGAAAUGAUGGGCACCCCCUUUGCAGAGCUCCAUGGUGAUUCUUACACUCUCCAAUUCAGCAACAGUAGACUGACAUCCACCGCUCAGAUACCUCAAGACCCCCUGAGCUUUCCGACACAGCCAACAUACUAUUAUGGCUCUGUCUCAGACAAGGAGAUUUUGUCCCCCUCCGAUUCAUCGGGUGUACUUGGCCCCUACAACCUCGCAGAGUCCCCAGCCCAUGGUGUUGCCAGUCCUGUUGACACGAUCGUUGGAAUGAGGGAUCGCGUAUGGCCCACGGUCUCCAGCAUAAGCAACCACGAUACUGGUCAUCUUCGACAAAUCAGCGAGGCCACUGUCAGUUCGGCUUCUGACGCGGAAAACUACUCCUCUGUACCACUUGUUGUUUCCCCUUUUGACAAGUCCGCUACCAAUGGCCCCCCACUGGUUCCUAUCCCAAUCAGGCCGACGAUAGUCAGCCCGGCGCCCGAGAAGAUUUAUGAUCAUCAAUUGAGUCCCCAGCAUCAUCAUCAAUGA